UCAUACUCAAGGGUGUGGUAUCCAGACUCAAAGAGCUUGCAGAUUCAUUGGAUGAAAAGACCAAUGAAUCUAGUGCAUUACAGAAAGCCCUUGAACUGACCAAAGACGCUUACAACAAAUGCGAGGCUGAUCUACAAAAUAUGACAAAAGAAAGGGACAUCCUUAAAACAGAAUUGAGUGAGUCUCAGAAGUUAGUUGACAGUAUCAAUGAAAACAUAUCCCACCUUAAGCACGAGAAGGAAACCUUUUCUAAACGCCUCAACGCUGAGAAAAUAGCCCUGACUGAGCUAAGGGAUCUGGCUGCUGCUUCAGAGUCUCGGUUGAAAGAAAUCGAGGCAGCCAGAAGAAUCCAGGACCAAAAGAUGGUUUCUGAUGCUGAAACUAUCAAAGCCAAAAUAUCAGAACUUGCCGAAACCGAACUACAAACAAAACAGCUAGUGACCAAAAUCAACAAAUUAACCUCUGACUUGGAUCGGAAACAAGAGGAUAUAUCACUGUUGAACAAGGAUCUAGAUUGGUACAAGAGUAAGUUUGAGGUUCUCAAGAAGGAAGUUGGAGAUGAGGAGCGGAAGAAGGUCUCUGAAGACAAAAUACUGAAUAAAAAUUCUGAUCAAACUGACAAGGAAUAUGGAACAUUGGAAUCAUAUGUUGGGGUUUGAAUGUAUGUAUAGUACAGCAAUAUAAUUUAACUAGAAAACUAUUUGAUAUACUACUCAAGUGGAAUUUGGUGGUCGUUUGCAUCGGUGAUGUCAAUAAAACCAUCAGCAAGAUAGCCUCCACCCCAAGAAGCGAAGGCGCCAGGUUUGAAAGGAGCAGGGUCCUCUGCCUUCUUGGUAAUGUCUCUAGCAUACCCAAAAAUACCUUCUUUCUUCCACAUAUUAAGGAACUCGUUAUUGAACAUGUUAAUACCUUGAAUAG